AUGUCUUCCUAUUCAAAAUACUCAACUUUACCAGAUAUUGAUACCGCACCAGAUGUCUACGAGACAGAAGAACCAGCACCUCACUCCUCACAGAUGUUAUCAGAUGAAGAAGAGUUUGGUGUAAUCCAAAAUACCUCAAAUGAUGCUAUAGAUGCUGCCAAACUGCCGAAUACAAAGUCAGCAACUAAGAAGUUCAGAAGGAAAAGAUUCGACGCGAUAGGCGAGCAAGAUUUCUCAGGCUCAGUCGCAUCUCAGUCGUUACAGAAACUAAAGAAGUUGACAAAUGAUGAUUCCAGCGAAAGCAGUUCGAGUGACGAGGAUGAUUUAUAUCAGCGGAGGAAAGGAAUGUCAACUGAAGAUCGUCUCAAUCUACUCAAAACCGAGCUCAACGAUAUUGAACAAAGCGCAUCAAGGGAAGACAAUAGCAGUAUAGAUAAUAUAUUAUCGCGACUGAUACAGUAUCGGACGCGUAUAGGUGAACUUCAGAAGCAGCGCAAACCACAAGUCAUAAAUGAGAUACCGGAGAGUGUCACCCAUAAUGAAGUUAAAGAGAGUGAACAAAGUAAUCAAAUCGACGAUAUAGGACUUAUCGACCUCGAUAGACGUAUCAAAUCGCUCGAAAAGAGUAUAGGUACUGAUACAGUGAGCGUUUCAACCGAUUCUACUGAACGUUUCCCGGUACCUUUAGUUAACACUAUCCAAAAGUUAGAACAACAAAUGUCUUUACUCACCCAACCGAGACACCUUGAUGCCAUAUCUCGUAGAUUGAAACUGCUCAAUUCUGAACUUGAGAAAGUAAACGAAAGCAAAUCAAGACUGAGUAGUGAUAAUAAUAGAGAAAUAACGGAAACCGAUGAUGGAAGUCAACAAGGCUCGACAGGAAUGAAUAUGGUGACACAGAAUAAAGUCGACAAACUAUUCAACUCACUUGAACGUAUUGAGCCACUUAUACCACUCACACCACAUGUUCUUGAUCGAUUGACAACUUUAUCUGAAGUCCAUAGAAAAGCCUCUAACUCUGUUAGCGAUAUUGACGAAUUGAAGCUUCAGACUAUGAACAUAUCGAACAACAUAAAGACACUCAAUGAUGCGACUUCAACACUCUCACAAUCACUUGAAGAAAAUGAUAAGCUUGUUAAGUCGAAUGUCGAUAAUGUUAUGAUGAGGAUUGAAGAAAUAUCCAGUAGACUUGCAAGUCUUCAACAGAAGUAAAUGUAGAUAUAUGC